CCGACGUGUACUAUCCGAGGAAACAUAUUGCGAGCUGAUACAUAUAAUAUAUCAAUGGACCUGAUUCUUGACGGCAAAAAAAAAAAAAAUUAACAGCAGAAAAGGCAGUGGAGGUUACAUAUAACUUCUCAGGUCGGCGUGUGAAUUAAUCAUGGAGCAUCUCGACAUUGUCAUUGUUGGUGCAGGUCUGCAUGGUCUUGCUGUCGCCCGGACACUGGUAGCUGCAAAUUUAGGCUCAAAUGAGCCCAAGAAAAUCGUCAUACUGGAGGAAGGCCGCUCCAUUGGUGGUACUUGGGCUGCGGAACGGCUCUAUUCUGGCCUGAAGACGAACAACGUCGUCGGCUCAUACGAGUUCAGUGACUUUCCCAUGGAUCUUGAGCGCUACGGACUCACGCCCGGCCAACAUAUCCCUGGCUCUGUAGUCCACCGGUAUUUCACAGAUUUCGCAAGACAUUUCGGGCUAGACCGGCUUAUCCGUUACCAGACUAAAGUAGAAAGAGCCUUGCUUCGAGACGAUGGAACAUGGGAGCUUGACUGUACACGUGUAUGCGACAACAGACCACAAAGUGGAAAGCUAACUUGCGACAAGCUCGUCAUUGCUACGGGUCUUACCUCUGACGCAAACAUGCCGACUUUCCCAGGCAGUUCUGACUUCUUGGGCCCGUUAUUCCAUGCCAAAGACCUUCAUACACGCUCUCAAGACCUUACAGGUUGUGAAGAAGUCGUAGUUAUUGGCGGUAAUAAGUCUGCCUGGGACGUAUGUUACUCCGUUGCUACUUCUGGCUCUCGCGCGCACAUGGUUAUAAGGCGAUCGGGAGGAGGUCCAAGUUGGGUUUGGCGACCUAUGCACCUGUUCACACUGAAGCUGACGCUCGCACGGAUAUCGUCCACUCGCCUGUUCAGCUGGUUCGAUCCUAGCCCCUUCGGCUCAAGCUUCUCUUCCGUUCGGCGAUUUCUCCAGGAAACUAUUCUUGGUGUCUGGCUAACAUGGGCGUUCUGGACCGUACUAGACUUGCUCGCCAUGGCAACCACUGGAUAUAAUGAUACUAGGCUAGAGUUAUUGCGUCCGUGGGUAUCAACAUUCUGGAUGGGGAACUCUCUCAGUAUACAUAAUUAUGAAAGCGACUGGUUUGAAUUUGCCAGGAAGGGCCAGAUCGUAAUCCAUCAUGCUGACGUUGUAUCACUAGGGGGCGGGACGGCACAGCUUUCAGAUGGCAGCAACUUGAGGGUUGAUGCCCUAGUCUGCUGUACUGGCUGGAACUGUACGCCGCCCAUCAAAUUUGAACCGGAGGGAAUAUCAGAGGAGAUAGGCCUCCCACGGAAAGUCAAAAGUUACCAGAAAGACCUCGAUGGCCAAAGAGACCAGGACCUCAGGUCUUGGGUCCACGCUCAAAUCAGAGCGCGAUGCGCACAGCUUGGGUUCGUACCGAGGAGGACUUUACCAGAAGACGGCGAAAGCCAGGCAAGACACAGCUUAUACCCCAAAUUCCACUCUAAUAAAACCAUUGCCCUUGACGAUAGCGAAGCCCCAUACCGAUUAUAUCGUUUCAUCGUUCCCGCAUCUCCUCGCUUUCUUAAACUGCGAAACAUAGGAUUCAUCGGCAUGCAUCGCUCCGUGCACGCCGUAAUAGUCGCCCAGGCACAAGCCCUGUGGCUGGCGGCAUUUUUCGAAGACGGUCUCCGUGAGAAGCUGGAUUCUCAGGUCGUUUAUCGUGAGGCUGUACUACACACAGAAUACGAGCGACUGCGACGGCCGAGAGAGAGCGGCGGUUCUGGUGCUUCGUUCCCAGACCUCGUGUUCGACAGCAUCCCGUAUACCGAUCUCCUCCUAGAGGACCUGGGGCUAGAGAUUCUGAGAAAACGUACGCUGUGGGAGAAUAUCGUUCAGCCUCACCUACCGGUAGACUACCGAGGACUUGUAGAAGAAUGGCGGGCAGAAAAAGGGAAGAAAAAAGUGUGAGUGGGCUAUGUGACACUCGAGUGCCUGGUGCUACCUGCAAAGCAUAACAGUUUUACUAUGACGUCCAGUAUUGCCCAUAUUCGUGGUAGAUAGAUAGUAUCUAAACUUGGGAUAUUCUUGGCUCUCAAAAUGCGAUCCUGCUGUGAAUCGUAGCCUGAGAGCUAUCUAACCGCAUUGUAAUAUAUGGAGAACGAAUUCAUGUGCAAAUAAGCAGAAUAUUGGGCGUGGGCGCUCCAGACAAUCGGAGCCCAUCUACGUUUCUUUCAAUACAAACUCCAACGCU